AGAGAGAGAGAGCGCGCUCUGACAAGCUGCAUCGCGGCUCCUGCGCCCUAAAACCGGCAUUACAGCCAACUCCAGCACUACAUCAACACCUGGCCAGCUGUGCCUAGAAAUGACCCAUAACGCAUCUCGAAUCGGAACAAAACGCCACCGAUGAAACCUUGCGGCGCGCCUCUCAGAGCACAUGAGACCGAAAUAUCCGACAAAACCUGUUUACUUUUUUUUUGCAGAGCGUGUCUGGAGAUUUGUGAUAAAGAUUUGCUUAAUACAGCGGUUCGGUAUCUGUUUACUUUGCUGCGCGGAACCUAAUUAAGGAUUAAGCGGAUUUUUUUUUCUCUCUUCCGUUUGCAGCACCGAAAUAGCAAUUAAUGCAUCAAAAAGCAAGCUGAGAAAAAGAAAAAGAAAGAAACCGUGCGCAACCUUAAUUUUUUUCUGUAAUAGACUAGUGACCUGAUUAUUCAUUUUUUUUAUUUUUGCAUUGCAAUUCCGAGCGAUAAUCUAAGUUGAAGCCGUGCACCGGUGGUGAGUCGUGCCGGCGGCCGGGAGCUGCGCUGGCAGGCGAGUAGAGCUUUGUGCCUAUAAGCGGAAGUAGGAGCCCGCCUGCUGGAGCGGCGCGUCAUCGGCGGAGCGGCGGUCGCGCGCCAGUCACUCCUCCCUGCCUACUUUUAAUAGCUGCGUCAUGUGACGGAGAGCAGUUGUAAGGCAGGUGCCCCUCGGUUCAUUCUCAGUGAGGGGGCACUUCCCUGCACGACAACACAAUCUGGAACGCGUGGAUUUUCACGUUUCUUAUUGAUUUUUUUUUUUGUAUUGAUUUUUUUAAAAUUAUUAUUUAUAUUUAUAUUAUUAUUAGAUUUUUUUUUUCUCGUACCGUCAUUCAGUGGCUGGAUGGCGUGGGACAGGUGCAACCAGGAGUCGGUGUGGACGGAACUAGAGUGUGCUGCCUUGGUUGGGGAAGACCAACCCCUUUGCCCUGACUUACCUGAACUGGAUCUCUCCGAGCUGGACGUCAGUGAUCUGGAUGCAGAUAGCUUUCUGGGUGGGCUCAAGUGGUACAGCGACCAAUCAGAAAUCAUUUCCAGUCAAUAUGGCAACGAGUCAUCAAAUCUGUUUGAGAAGAUAGAUGAAGAAAAUGAGGCCAACUUGCUGGCAGUGCUCACAGAAACCCUGGACAGUAUCCCUGUGGACGAGGACGGAUUGCCUUCGUUUGAAGCCCUGGCAGAUGGGGACGUGACCAACGCCAGCGAUCAGAGCUGUCCCUCCACCCCCGAUGGCUCGCCACGCACCCCUGAGCCAGAGGAGCCCUCCUUGCUAAAGAAACUCCUUUUGGCUCCACCUAACUCUCAGCUCAGCUAUAAUCAAUACCCAGUCACUAAGGCGCAGAACCAUGCAGCCAACAACCACAGGAUACGACCAACACCUGCUGUUAACAAGACAGACAACCCCUGGAACAGCAAACAAAGAGGGGUCUGCCCCCAGCCAAACCGGCUGGUGAGACGCCCGUGCACUGAAUUGCUCAAGUACCUCACUGCCAGCGAUGAUGCCUUCCAGACAAGACCCAGUGAAGCCAAGAGUACCUGGUCAGGCUGUGACAAGGACAGGGGCGGGCCUGGUACUGCUUCCUGCUCGUCGUCUUCCUCUCCAUCUUCUUCAUCCACUUCCUCCUUCUCCUCCUUGUCCUCCUGUUCCUCCUCUACCGCCUCAAAGAAGAAGCCCACCUCUGCCUCCCUGUCAACACAACAGCAGCAGCAGCAGCAGCAGCUGGCAGUGCAGGCGCAGAGAGGUGAGAGCCAGGCAGCUGGGGCGUAUUGUGUGGCUGGUGAGGGGGCAGGGCAGUGGCAGCGGUGUACACAUGGGGAGCAGUCCACCCCUGUUGUGCCAUCCUGUGGAAGUGGCUGUAGCCACGCCUGCUCCAGUGAAGAGGGGAGGCCACUGCAGGGUGCGGACACAGGCAGCCUGGCUGCCGCCCGCUUCAUUAGGUACAUGCACUCUUACUCUCUCCCGCCUAGAGAGAUGGGUCGCGCAGGCAGCUGUGGCCAUUGUCUUGAGGCGGGCGGCUGGACUGGGGCCAGCCGUGCUGACAGACACAUGACAAUAACUAUUAGGAAGAGGAGGCAAGAGCAAGAGCAUCCUAUGCUCAGCCAGCUGCUGACCUCCAAACCCAGACCAGCCCGUUAUCGGGCCCACCUGCAAAUGCCCAAUGUGUCCCAGACAGACAAGAAAGAUCCACCCAAAAUACAUCCUAGAGACAAAGGGUGGGAUGGGCAUAAAGUGAAAGAUAGUCAGGAACAUCAGGUCAUAAACCCAAAUCCAGACUUUCAGGAACCUAGACAAUCUAAUUCAUUAGAUCUUGAGCUUUCAACUCUGGUUGACUUGGACCUAGAAAGAUUGUUAUUAAAAUUUGAGCAUGAUAUAGAAGAGUCUAAAAUUAAAGUGGGGCAAAAUGGGGUGGAUGUUCAUGAUGAUGUCCUAGGCAGUCCCCUUUCAUUUUUAGGGGACUUGCCAAGUCCACUUUUCCAAGACUCUUUAGUUCCAGAGCACACCCCUUCCACCAUACAAGAGCAGAACCCACACAGACAGGCAGACUGCAGGCACCCCGAUGACCAGGUUCCAUCACCGUUAGCCAAACCAACCACCUUGCCACUUCCUUUGACCCCAGAGUCUCCAAAUGACCACAGGGGAUCUCCAUUUGAGAACAAGACCAUUGAACGCACACUGAGUGUGGAGAUCUCUGGAACCCCAGGUCUGACACCACCUACCACACCUCCUCAUAAAGCCAGUCAAGAGAACCUUUUCAAAGUAUCACUCAAAACCAAGCUGUCUUUAGCUUCUUCAGCCCUGACGAGCAAGAAGGCCAAGCUGAGCAAUGGAAGCCCUAGCUCUCUUCCAGUCAGUAGCUCCAGCAGGAAGGCCCAGGAGAAGUCUGAGCUUUAUGCCCAGCUGAGCAAGGCAUCCUCUGCCCUGCCUCUGGGAAACUUAGAAGAGUGCCGGGGCAAGCGGCCUACGCCCCGUGUGUUUGGCGAUCAUGAUUAUUGCCAGGCCUCAAGCACAAAACGAGAUAACGGCACAUCAGCUGCCACAAUCACCGGGCCUGUCGAAGGCCGGCAUGUAGAACCUAAAGACUCAACCAUGCCAGCCUUUUCUUAUCUCACAUCCUCUUUGUCUUCCACCAGUCCCUUAUCUUCCUCUCUGGCAAGGCAGCUGCAGGAUCUUUGCCCAUUGGUUCAGGAGGCUUGUCCAGACAAGGAAGCUCAGGGGAAGAACCACAGUCCUGCACUGGGUGCCAAAACUUCUAAAGAGUGCAUCGCUGCUGGCAGGAAGCUGCUGCGAGACCAGGAGAUACGGGAAGAGCUCAAUAAGCACUUUGGUAACCCCCAGCAAGCCUUUUUUAGUGAGACUGAGCAGGGUGAGUUCCAGCCACUAGAUGAAAGUGACUCUGGGGAUGAGAACUUUUACUCUUUUGAGGCCUACAUGGACACAGGCCUGCCUGAUUUUAAGGACCUAGAAGUGGGCCGUGAGCGUCUUCUUUGCUCUUGGGAAGGGACUCCACUGGAGAUGCUCUUUGAAGGUUCGCCACCCUGUUCCCCAUCAAGUAGCUUGCCUUCCCAGAGUUCGGUCUCACCACCCUCAACUCUGCUCUCUCCACGGCACUUCUACCACUCUGAGUCCGGAUCCCGCUCUAGAUCCCGCUCCAGGUCUUCCUCUCGCAACAGAUACAGAUCUCUCUCCAGGUCUCCUUAUUCCCGUUCCCAGUCCCCAGAAAACUACUCCCCCUCUUGGUCAUAUCAUUCUGUUGAUAAGAGCACUUUCAAAUCCAGGACUAUCAGAAGUCCUCAGUCGGACUCUCGCUCUGGUCUUGGUCAGAGGCCCAGGUAUGACAGCUAUGAAGAAUACCAGCAUGAACAGCUGAAGAGAGAGGAGUACCAGCGGGACUAUGAGAAACGUGAGGUAGAGAGGUCUGAACAGAGGGAGAAACAACGAAAGAGAGCAAUAGAGGAGAGGCGGGUUUUGUACGUUGGACGUCUCCGGGCUGACAGCACACGCUCCGAACUCAAACGGCGCUUUGAAGUUUUCGGCGAGAUCGAGGAGUGUGCCAUCAACUUGAGACAUAAUGGGGACAAUUUUGGCUUUAUCACCUACCGCUACACUUGUGAUGCCUUCGCUGCCCUUGAGAAUGGACACACCUUGCGCAGGCCGAACGAGCCUCAGUUCGAGCUUUGCUUUGGUGGACAAAAGCAGUUCUGCAAAUCCAAUUACACAGACUUGGACUCUCAUUCUGAAGACUUUGAUCUGACUUCAACUAAAAGCAAAUAUGACUCGAUGGAUUUCGACAGCUUGUUGCGCGAGGCCCAGUGUAGCCUGAGGAGGUAACGAGCUCCACCACAUCUGCUGGCUGCAAGCAAGGCGAGGGAUUUGUGAUACCUCACUGCUGUAUCGCUCCUCUGAAUAUGAGACUACUACAAGUUUUACACUCAAUAUAGAGAGAAGAAAUAUUAUGUGUGUGUGUAUAUAUAUAUAUAUAUAUAUAUAUAUAUAUAUAUAUAUAUAUAUAUAUAUAUAUAUAUAUAUAUAUAUGUGUGUGUGUAUAUAGAAGGAACAUAUAUGUAUAUCUAAAAGCAAAGUUUACAUGGACAUAGCUGCUGCAAAGACUUUACCUUUGGGGAUUAGCCAAUAAACCUUUAGAGGAGUGCACAGAUAUGUGCCUGUGCUGUGCUGCUGUAUGAGACAGUGCUCUCAAUGGGAUUGUUUUCUUCAUGCACUGCUCCAAUCUCAGCGCUUUGAGGGGUGAAAACAUGCAGCCUUUUCAGUUGUUUUUUAUUCGAUUGAUUUUUACCUGUUCUGACUUUUCCUUUUUUUUUUCUUUUUUUUUUAUUCUACCUGGUAUUUGGACGUAGCGUUACACUAUUGUUAAGUGCAUAUGGGAUUAAUAUGUUCUUCAAGGUAAUAUUGUCUACAUUUUGUUCGGGGGGGGGAGGAAAUGCUAUAAACAGAUAUUUACAGAUAUUAAAUGGAAUAUUUUUAUUUUGUGUACAUAUCAAGGCAAAGUUCUUUAUUUGUUACAGCUAUGCACUGUAAAACGCAGCCUUUAUAAGACGGAGUUUUUUCCUAAUCGAGAAUGUCAAUCUGUAGUCAUUACAGUGACACAUAACUAACAUGGUGGUUAUGUGGAGUGAUAUGAUUGUAAAAAAUAAAUAAAAAAUAAAAAUAUAAAAAUAAUUGUCUAUGGAGAUAGGGUGCUCUUCAGGGGGAGCAUGUGAACAGAUUUUUUUUAAAGACUUUUGUUUUAAAAUGUCAUUGAUCAUGUAUAGUUUUAUCUUUAAGCUUCCUCAGUGUUUUCCUUAUACAACCCAUGUAUGAUACGUUUGAAUAUUUUUUAUGUCCAUAACUGUACAAGCGUGAGUUGGGUUUUUUUUUUCUGUCUCAAGGAAACACUGUCUUUUUAAUUGUUACUUUUCUGCACACAAAUAAUUUUUAUUAUUACUCUUUUUUUUAUAAUUCACUAUUACUAAUAUAUGAUUGUUCUUCUUCAGAGGAAAAUUCAUGGAUCAUGUUCAUGAGGAAGAAAUGUAUUUAUUUCAGUAUUUUGAUCAAAAUAUUUAUGGUUGACAUCUACUAUGAUGCGCCUUACAAAUUUUUGCUAUUUAUAUUGUUAUUUGACUUAUUUAACAUUCAUAUAUUGAACGAUGCACAAGUUCUACACAGACAUCAGUUUCUCAGCCUUUUUAGAGACAGUUACGAUCACCAAAAAAAAUUUUCUCUACACUUUGCAGAAAUUUUUCCUUCUUAUUUUGUCAUUUUCUUUUUCUAAAGCACAUAAAGCAAUAAAAACUAAUUUUGCAGGUAUGUCAUCACACCACAGUAAAUCUGUCUCAUUGCUCCUCAUACACUUGGUUAUGUGAAUGCCAAAAUAAAGUUUACAGUUUUCUUUCCAGAAUUAAAAAAAAACUUUACUUGAUGUAAAAAAAAAAAAAAAAAAAAAACUAUAACAUUAAUCUUCACGUUAUUCA